GCAGGACUUUUAAUUACCAGGAUGCCUCAGGAACAGUACGCACACAGGAGUGCCAUGCAGAGCUCAGAAGGCCCGCAGGUAUACAAAGUGGGGAUUUACGGCUGGAGGAAGAGAUGCCUCUAUUUCUUUGUGCUACUCCUAAUGAUUUUAAUCCUGGUGAACCUUGCCAUGACCAUCUGGAUUCUCAAGGUUAUGAAUUUCACAAUUGAUGGAAUGGGAAACCUGAGAAUCACAGAGAAAGGUCUGAAGCUAGAAGGAGAUUCAGAAUUCUUGAAACCUCUCUACGCCAAAGAAAUCCGGUCCAGACCAGGCAAUCCAUUGUACUUCCAAUCUGCCAGAAAUGUUACAGUGAACAUUCUCAAUGAGAAGACGAAAGUCCUUACUCGUCUUGUAACAGGUCCCCAAGCAGUGGAAGCACACAGCCAAAAAUUCGAGGUGAAAUCCCUCUCUGGAAAAUUGCUGUUUUCUGCAGAUGACAACGAAGUGGUCGUGGGAGCAGAGAGACUGAGAGUUUUAGGAGCAGAAGGCACAGUGUUCCCUAAAUCUAUAGAAACUCCCAGUGUCAGGGCAGACCCCUUCAAGGAACUAAGGUCCAUGAGGCGCAGUAGGGAUUUUAAACAAGACCAAUGUGCAGACAUUCCACUGGGCAAAGAGGAAGUGGAAUUGCCAUCAUCCUUACAUUUAAAAACAACAACAACAACUAAGUCACUCUGGCUCGGAAAUCCCUUCCCAUCCAUUUGAACAGACCAUCUUUUCAACCCACAUCAUUUGUGACAUCUCUGUGGCAAAAGACAAUGGUGAGUGAAAGAGAAAAGGAAGAUGUUAGAGUGAGAUUGAAGACCAUGGAAUGAGAUUGACUUAGUGGCACAGAAGCAGGGGGAAGUGGUUGACAUUUAUGACAGAUGCGGCAGCACUUAACGCACAGUCUGGCACCUUGUUCCAUACGCACUCUACGGAGAGGUCAGCGGUUGGGAACAGAAGGAAGGCUAAAAUUAGAGGACGCUGCGGUAGGAAAGAUGGCUGGACAGGCGAGGUGAAGAGACUACAGUGAAAAUGUUGAACUGAGCAAUAAGCCGUGACAGGCCAUGUAUUAGUAGGUAUUGGUACAUAACUCAGAUGCGGUCUGAGACAUGAGGUUUUAUUCCUUUUUCCACCUAAGAAGUGCAGCAGGCCCCCAGUCCAGCAAAGCACCUACGCACAUGUGUGACUUUCAGCACAUGAGCAGAUUCAUAUUCCUUUAUCAAUUCUUGGUCUCUUUCUGUUGGCUCAGUUUGAUACAAAAUCCUUUAGGUUCUGCACUCUCCCAGGACAGAAGUAGCAGAGUUUUUGCAGCCUUCCCAGUUUGAGUUAGACUUAUUCCACAAUAUGAAUGCUUCCAAGCAAAUAUAAUUAGAAUGUAGCCUUUAGCAUGUAUUGAGAGGUAAACUAGCAACCUUCACUGGGUUUUUCCUAGAAAUUAGCCAACGAUUUGCAGAUUACAGCUGAAAGAAUUUUCAUUUGCAGUCUCCUCUACAGAUUACCCUAAGAAUUACAUGUAGCUACAGUAAACAGUACAGAAUGCAGCUGCAGCUGAGUUGUCACUUGCAUAAUGGAUUUGCAGCAUAACUGUUGGAAAUUGAAUGGUGAUUAAUGCUGCCAAACAGAAGAAUAUGUUGCAAUAAUAUUGUUGAAUGCAAAGAUAAUCUAUUUUGUUUACAUCAGCAAUUAAUGUAGUUCAAGAAACCUUGCAUAUAUAACAUUUAUCUCUACUGAAUGAGAUUACAAUCGCACGUCGCUACUCAUACAAUAAUUGAUGCAUUUCAUUAGAACAUAACUGAAAACAAGAUUUGUAUCAAUGCCAUGCAAAAAGUAACAUUGAUAAAUGUUUUUAUUAGCCAUGAUGUCAGCUGUGAACUUCUAAAGUACUUACUGUGUUUGUGUUGUGCUGAGUACUGUACAUCACAUGCACUGGAAGUCACAAUAUCAUGAUUAGGGAUAAGAAACUGCUAGAAUUUCUUCCCUUAUACACACCCUCUGUCAGCUUUCAAACCACCUUCUCCAGUCCCAAUAUCACUUACUCUUCCCCGUCUCUGUCCCCAUUUAAGCUUGGGAUCUUUUCUCUCUCCUCCCUUCUCUCUCCCCAUCCCAAAUAUGUGUUAUGUUUUUAGUUAGUUUCAUUCUUACGAAUCACCAAUGCAGAGGCACUGCUAG